UGAGUAGGACGCUGGAAGUCAACAACACAGGCAAGGAGCUAUUCUUCUUCAUUCAGAAAAUUUAAACGUGUAACUACAAUGGAAUUUCAUGUACAAGUUCGCGGCUGAUAGUUAGGGAGGAAAUCAGCAUGCCUAUCACGGAUGAUUCAGCCUCCCGCGCCCUGGAACUAGUGGAGGACUUCAAGCAAGCUGCGCAAUGUAAUUCCCAACUCCAGGAUGAGGUGCUAGAAACUAUCCAUGUCCUCAACUCCCACUUGAAUAGACUCCUUGAGAAGCAAGGCGCAACCCGUUGGAAGCUCAGAGGUAGGGGUGUUCUCCCUGGCAGAAUCACAGGAGGAGGAGGGUUAGCCACGGAUGGAGCUCUGCAACAAGAUGGGAGCAACGAUAAAGACAGGGAUGAGAUUAAAAUACUAAGCCUUGUGUCACCGCCUCAAACAUUUGAGGAGCUGGGGAUUGUGCUUCAGGUCGGCGGGGCUACACUCAAGCACGGGCAGCCUGAACUACUGGCUUCGGAUCCUGUGAAACCCCAUUCCAACAGUGGACAAAUAUUGGGAAAUAUCAGGCUGGCAGCUAUCCUGCCAAACUUGUACAUUCAUAGUGAUAAUCAACUCCGAGUUGGUGAUGAACUCUUGACUGUGAAUACUCAACUCAUUCAAAAGUGUUCCGUGGACCAAGCAAGAGCUCUGCUGGAUAGUGCCCUUCGGACAGGAUCUAAUUUAUGCAUCAGCGUCUUGAGAAAAACAAAAAGGAGGGCACCCCCACCUCCUCGGAAACCCAAGAACGUUGGGGCCCCCUCUCUAUCGGGGGCAUCCCCAUCCCCUCUUUCGACUUCCCUAUCAUCGUCAUCAUCCGCUUCGACUAGUACUUCCACGUUGAUGCCAGAUACUGCUAAUGGGCGGGCAGAUACAAUGAGGGGUCCAGCAGACUCAAACAGAAACAAGUCUUCCAUGAUGAACUCAGCAGGGUCGACUGCAACCCUUCCCAACCUAGGCUCCAGGGCCAGGGGUGGUCAGCUGGUCAAGGAAGGGAGCAGGGAGAUUAGGAGAUCUAAGAGUGGAUCAGUGAAAAGAAGGGCUCCACCACCACCAAGGAAAGAGACAAGGGAUCAACAUACAGAGGAGGAGGUACCUGCUACUAAGCAUGUAAGAACCAGCGAGACACCCAACCCUAUCACUGUAGCUAGGAGUGACUCCAUUCUAUCCAAAAUGCUGCCUGAUCUCAAGAAAAGGAAGCGAGAAGUUGUGAAGAUCCACCUCGUGAAAGACAAGGGCUCUCUAGGGAUCCAGAUAGCUGGAGGGAAAGGUUCCAGGAAAGGAGAUAUUGGGAUCUUUGUAGCUGGAAUCGAUGAAGGCAGUCCAGCUGACAGGGAUGGAAGAUUACAGAAAGGAGAUGAGAUUUUACUGAUCAACGGAACCGGUCUCCUGAAUGUCACCCAUACCAUUGUUGUGGAUAUCCUUCAGGCUAGUGGUAGUAUAGUGCAGCUUGUCAUUGCAAGAAAGCGGAAGCGACGACACCAGUAUCAGCCAGGAGGGGGUGUGUAUCCUUCUGAUGCCUCAGACUCCAGCAGUCUCUCCAGUCAGCCAUCCACACCCCAUGGUUCACCCAGGCUAGGGACACGGCGCUUCCAUUCCAAGGAGAAUCUCAUGCCUACACGAUCUCCUCUACCCACCUCCACCGGAACCCCAUUGGCAAGGAUCAGCCCACUGGAUGCUGGUUUCCAUAGCAACGAGAAGAUGGGCAAUGGUAGCCUGGGAUCUGGGCAAGCACGCUUUUCAAAGCAAGAGGAAGGUUCAUUGACCUAUGAUGAGUCGAUAUGGAAGAGAUUUUCAUCUCCACAGAGCACGCCUACUUCACCAAGGCAACUGGUCCAAUCGAAGACAGCUCCCUGUGAGCCGCUACCAGGUCGAGGGUCGCCCAUUCCCUCUGUGGUGCAGCAGAUCUCCCUCAUCAAAGGUGGCUAUGGGAAGGGGCUAGGGUUUAGCAUCGUUGGAGGAGAGGACUCACCUAAAGGACGUAUGGGUAUCUUCAUCAAAACUAUCUUUACAUCUGGAGCUGCUGCAGCCGACGGAAGGUUACGAGAAGGUGAUGAAAUCAUGUCAGUCAAUGGUGAAAGUUUGAAUGGGAUGACACACAAACAAGCCAUCAAUAGAUUUAAGCAAGUAAAGAAAGGUGUGGUAACCCUGACAGUAAGAAGUCGCUUCUCUCCCAGACCUUCCCCUGCUAUCAGUCCUAUCACAAGCCCUAUUGUACCACCAAGAAGUCUUCUUCUGGAAUUGAAAAAGUCUCGAGAGCGUGCUUACGAGGUGGUAGCUGAAGAGAGCCUUGGGGGCCAUCACAGAGUUACCGAAGGAGAUGGGGAGUAUGAUGGAUCUACUCCCAGGAGGGGUGGUGAAAGGGGCAGACUCAAUGUCACAGUCGUCCUCAAUAAAGCCCCAGGUAUAAGCCUUGGCCUAGGAGUGGUUAGUCUACCUACUCCAGACUGUAACAAUGAGAGAAGAAUAUACAUCCAACAUCUUGCCACCGACUCUCCUGCAGAUAUGAAUGGCAGGCUAUGCAUUGGAGCUCAAAUCCUUGCAGUGAACGGUCAGAGCCUGAAGAACAUAGGUCUCCAGGAAGCUCAGAAGAUUCUGGGUAAUCUACAGCCUGGACCUGUCACGCUCAAGAUAGCUCGCUACUCUAAUGCUAUGCUGACCAAAUUGGACUGUGAGGCUGAGAUGAAAUAUCUUCGUUCUAAGCAGCUCUCAAGCUCGGCUGAUCAAGAGCCCUGCUAUGAGAAGGUUGCUGAUUGCCAGGAUGAUGAGGAAGAUGAUGAGGAAGAGACAGAAGGAGUGGGGUCAAUGUCUCCAUCGGCCAUGUCCUGUGGAUCAACAGCUUCUAGUAAAGAUUUCUCUUUACCAGAAUAUCAGAAAAGCAACAGUGAUAAGAGAAAAGGGAGCAAGAGAUUGGAAGUUAGCAUAGACCAGACUACUCCCAUCACUGAGGCUGAAGUAGAGAGAACAAUAUCACCUACUAGCAGUCAAGAUGUCUACUCUACACCAUGCACCAAGCACUCAUCUACUCAGGGAGGCAAAGCAACCCUGGAGAAUGGUCACAAGGUGAAUGGACACAGAGGAAGCGGUCACAGUGAGGAAGAUGAAGAGAUGAACGGUACAACUGACAGUAAGAAUCCUGUCAUGAGGGUGGCAAGAACAGAACAUAAGCGACUUGGUAGGGUUGGAUCGGAGCUAGCUGCAGAGUUUGAAGCCUUUGUGAGUGCCCAGACAUUGGAGAAUGAUUCCCUUCCUUGGGUCGAGAGCCAGAAAGUGGCCAGUGAACUGUUGAGUCUUCAAGAACACUUCAGCCAGGAGGAGCUGGCAGAGCUCAAGAACCUUGCCGAUGGCAGACGAUUGGAGGUGUUGACUAUCAAUAGGCAGUUUGGUGAGAAGCUGGGCAUGGGUCUAAACAUCCAGCACACUCAGGAGGAGAACAGUUUAACUCAGACUGUACAGAUUAAAAGUGUCCAGGUGGGUGGGGUAGCAGAGAGAGCGACAGGGGGAUCCAGUGGUAUGGUAGUCGGGGAUGAAAUCCUGGCUGUGACCAACCAGAUUCUCAAAAACAGACCGUAUCUUGAUACUGUACAGAUCCUCUCGAACCUGCCUCUGAAAGUGAAGGUGGUUGUAGCAAGGCCAGAGGAAUAUUCAGAGGAUGAUGAAUCAAUGGCUCAAGAUUCUCCUGAAUAUGAAUCAAAUUCCAGUGGAAGAUCUAGCUGUGGGGAUACAAGAUGGGGUGAAGAGGACAUCUGGAAGAGGAUUGAAAACACCCAAAUGGACGAUGUCCUAGGAGUGUAUGUCAACCCUAAAAGUAUCCAAAUUAAUGAAAAGAACAGUCACACGUGGGACAACAAAAGUGAGGAUAUCUGGCAGAAAGUAGAAGGAAAGAAAAAUGGCAGUGCUAUUAUCAAAAAAGAGAACAUUAGAGUGAACUUCGUCAGUGAUGUUAAAAGUCUUCCAGCUGGAACACGUCUGACUCCUUCGUACAAAAAGCACAAGCAGCACUUGAGGUUUGGCAGCAGAAGUCCAAGCCCUCGUACUCCUGCCAUGGGAGAGGAUACCCUGUCCAGAGACAGCUCUCCCACUGUCUCCUUCUCAAUGGACCUCACUGAUGAGAACGAGGAAGAUUUAGAGGAUCUACUGAUGCUUGAAACAGAACCCUUAAGUGAUCAGGAUGAAGGUGACAGUGGACACCAGAAAUCAAUAUACCUCACUCCACAUGAAUCACCAACAAACACUUCCAACCUUAAGUAUAUGAAAUCUCUGAAGGUAGACUUGGAUGAUAGUCUUUAUCAGACUCCAAGUGAACACUUUGGCUCCAAAGACACCAUGGAUGAUUGUCUGGAAACCAACGAUCCUCCUGUUACAGAUAUUGAUGAUUUACUAGGGUCCGAUGAUGGCUAUAUGGAGACAGAAGAAAGUGACAUGACAGUCAAACCAGAUGUGUCUCCAAGCAGUGAGCCAUUACAAGUCAAAGCAACUACUUCACCACAGCUCAAGUCCAACAGAGAUUUUCUACGCAAUGAUGCAAGGGGAAUUGUUAAGUCUUCACCUGUCAUUUCAUCAUCAAAGCACAAGGCUGGUAUGAUUAUCUCCAAAGUAAAAACUCCAGAAAUGUCUACUUCCCCUCCUCCAGUGAGCACCCCUUCCCCAAGAUCCUCACCAACAGACUCAAUGUCCUCCCAAUCAUCACAAGAGAGCAGCAAGUCUGAUUCUUCAAAAUCUUAUGAUGUAGUGAAGAGGGACAAGAAAGUCUUGAGUAGUGUGACCAGGAGGUUCAGGUCUUCCAGAGUUGACAAAGACGUGUUCAAGCAGAGAAGGAAUAUGUUUGAGGCAGCAAGUAAAGAUGAAACUCCGCUGAGCUCUGCAUCUCCAAAGCCUAAGCCGCUUGCAAAACCUCAGAUAUUUUCCAAAGUUGGCACAACACCUGCUAGUAUUGAUAAGGGCAAUAAAUCCAUUGGACAAACAAAAAGCAAUAAGUCUUCUUUUGCCAGCAUUGCAAUACCCACAUCACCCAAACCAGGCGAUACCAAAUCUUCCAAACAGGAAUCUAUGCAAAAUAUAGAUGAAUUACCAAAACCACAGAGCCCCACGGCCAGACAGGAUCAAGAAAUCUUUGGGGCUGAUAUCCGGGCCAUGUCCAGUGUUGCAUCCAGUAUGGAGCACUUGAAUGAAACCAAAUCAAUAACUGAUGAAUCUUCAAAUCCUCUAGUUUCAGCUGUAGAUGACAUCUUUGCUUCUGCAAUGGAUGAUGCUCUUCAUGACAGUUCAUCUGAGGGAUUAUUCAUGAGUUCUGAAGCUAGCCAUGCAGACUUCACCCUAGAUUCGAGAGCUGACAUGCCUGUUAUGAGGCCACCCACAGGCUUCAGAGAUGAUUCAUCAAUAGAGCCAUCACAAACCCAUCUAGAAGAUCUUGAUUUUGAUGAUGAGGAUAAAGUACAUGAGGACAAUAAAACUAGGAGUGAGCUGGAAGAAGAAUUGUCUGGUAGCAGUGGUGACAUGGGUAAGAGGGAUAUUUCUGAUUGUCAACCUAACUGGGAUCACCGAAAAGGAACUGUCAUCAAGGUUGUGUCACCUAUUGUUGCCAGGAGUAAAAGUAGCUCACCUCAAAGUGGGCCAAAAAAAAUCAUCAAAGCUGAUGCUCUCCAUUUCAGUUCAGAUUCCAGUGAUGAGGAGGAGAUGGAUGAGGAGAAUCCAGAAGUCCAGUGGCAUGUCUUACCAUCAUCUUCUGAAGCAACAUCAGCAGAGCGCACAUUACAGGCACAGGGCUCCUCGGGUUCAGACAAAGGUGAAAGUCCCAGGGGCUUCAGGGGCAAUGAGGAGCAGGCAGAAUCAGUAACAAGUGAUGAGACACCACUGUCACCUAGGUUGCCUCCUGAUGGUGAUGAGUUUCCUGAACAAGUUCAAGUAUGUCCAAGUUCAUCACCUUCGAUACAUGCUGGCACUGCACCUAAAGAGACAGACGAUCAAGCUGAAAUGCUACUGAGGGGCAUAACAACCUCUGACUCCAUGCCAGGGAAGAAUACAAGUAAUUUCUCUGGCACAGUUAGUGCAAAGCCAUCACUUCCAAAGAAACCAAGCUUAUCUAAGCUGAAUACCUCUCUAAAAACUUCUGCAGUAUCCACAGCACCCACUGCUAAAAUGUCUCUCGCAUCUUUGUCAUCACAGUCACAGGGAAAGGUACAGACACCUACCUUUAAGGACAUCAAGUUGAAGAGUCCACCUAAGAUAGGAAAUGAUGAUGUCUUUACAUCUCCUCGCACAAGCCCCAAACUUGGGAGCCUCAACAGAUGGGGCUCCAGGGAAAAGUCUGAUGGUGAUGAUGACAUAGUUGCCAAGAGAGGUGCAUUGUUUGGAGAAGUGAUCAAGAGAAGAACCUCAUCUUCAUCAUCGUGCUCAACAUCUCCCCCACCAACACCUGUGAGAACACUGUCACCAACUCAUUCUCCAACUCAUUCUCCACGCAAAAUGGCUGAACCUUCACCAUCUUCUCUCAAAUCCAGUAAGAUCAGUACAAUCUCAAAUGUCAGUGACAACAAUCUUCCUGUACUUCCAUCCUCAAGCCCACCCGUUAACAUCAGGACAAAAGAAAGACCAAGGUAUGCCAAUACUGAUUCCUUUAAUGAUGGCUCAGAUAAUGACCAAGAAAGCAGUGAGAGCUCAUUGCAAGAAACACAUUCUAAGAGUGCUGUUCUUUUGUCAGAAUCAAAAGAAAGUGUGGCAGAUGUUAGCGCAUUAACAGAGGAACGUAUUCAAUCAUCACCAGUUGCAGACAGUACUGUAGGGAAAGUAAGUGGUUCCUUGUCUCCUAAGAAAGUACAGUCUCUGAUGGCUAGGGCUGAUGGGACCUUGUCAUCAAGAAGUGCUGCACCACCCCUCAAGCCCAGUCCAGCUUCACUCAAGCCAUCCAUUUUAGACUCUUUGAAUACUGUUUCAUCAUCAAAUCAGAUAUUUAAAGGACUCUCAGUUCCGAAGAAGCUUUCUUCAACCACAUCUCCUGUUGGGUCCUCGUCUCAAUCGGGUCCAUCUAAAAUUGGCGUUCCUUUGUUGUCCAGUUCUAAAGCAAAACCUUUGAUAUUGCCCAUGAAAGGAGCUGCAGGAAGUGCAAGUUUACCCGGAAAUGCUUUUAAAUCAAAGCUCACUGCAAAGAAGUUCACAUGGGAAACAGAGAAGGACCGGGCAAAUACUACAAGUGAAACUGAGCCUCAGUUAAAUUCUUCUGGUCGGGCAGCUAUAUCAACAUCCCUCUCUAGAUUGAGGCAAGAUAUCAAGUCAGCAGCUGCAACAAAAGAAACAAAUGAACUGAAAGGAGAGACCUCUUUGACAAGUAGUCCAGACAUCAACAGCAAUGUGAAGGAGGAGCACAGCAGGCCCAAGGUGCCUUCCAAACCAGUUUUGGCUCGUAGGAAUCUGUCUAAUACACUAGCCUCAAAGAGCUCCAAGAGAGUGUCCUUUGAAGGUGAUGAUGAAGUCCAGCGAGAUCUCACUAAUGAAAUCCAUUCCAAAGCUCUCAAUGGUGCGCAAUCUAAGGUUUCUCUGAAGGAUGAUACUGUUGAGGAUGUCAGUCUAGCAGAAAGAACAGUAUCUAAUGAUGCUCCCCCACCACUGCCAUUAUCCAGUCCCCCCAAAUCAGAAAGUGCAUUUGAGAAUACCAACCAUACCAAACCUAAGACAUUACCCCUCACACUCCCAACCAGUGGGUCUAACACCCUUACAGGCAAAACCAACCCCCCAAUACCCACGUCCCGUAAACCACCUCUUCCCAGUUCAAAGCCUCCCACUGCAUCUAGGUCCCCUCGGACAGGCAUCAGCAAGACGGUGACCCCAACCAUCGUGAGUGAUGCGGAUGAUGAUGCAGAUGACGACGAUGAUGAUGAGGAGGAGACGACUCUAGACAUCAUUGAUGAGGAGCAGCAGAGGUCUCCACCGACGUUACCCAAGAUGCCACCACCAUCUCCCUCCAGACUGAAGAGCCCUGUGUAUGAUGUAUCAGCUGAUCUUCUCAGUAGUUUGGACCCAGAAGAAGGUGUGCUAGAAAUCAGGAUUGACCGGAUUCCUGGGGAGCCAUUAGGUAUUGAGAUCUGUGGUGGUUCGGACACACCAGAGGGCUGUAUCUAUGUGAGUGGUGUAGCCCCUAGCUCCGCUACCCAGCGAAUUGGCAGAGUUCGACCCGGAGACCAACUCUUAGACGUCAGCGGUAACUGCAUGGUCGGUAUCACACACUCCAAGGCUAUGGAUGUCUUACGGCAGGUCGAGAAGAGCACUGUACACCUUGUGGUCGCCCGUAAGAAGCCAGAGAUGGGAUCAAGCUAUGCCGAUAGCGAAGAAGAGGAGGAUUAUGUAGAGAAUCUUGCCGUGGAAUUGGCGAAUGCUGACUUUGGUAGUGAUGGAGAGCCUAUGGGGGCAAGCUCAGACAUUGAGUGUAGUGAUUUAGGGCCAACAUCACCGGACGGUAGACUGCUCUCACCCAUCGGAUCAUCGGAUGAACUAGACGGCGCUGUCUUCUCUAGGGUAAAGCAAUCAACACCACAGAGAGAUGGACUGCAACUGUUGAUGUCAGAGAAUAAUAACUCCAACAAGAAGAAGAAACGCUUAGUAAGUCUUCAGCCAGGUCUGCGUAGUCCUUCACUCAGGAGUCCAACCUUCUCAGAAGAUAGCGGAGAGGGAGAUUCCUUCAGGUUCAAACCACACUUCAACCCAAGGUCUAACAGGACACAUCUCAAAGCCGAUGACUCUAAGUCGAGCUUGCAGCAACGUGGUCUCCUGGAGAGGUCCUUCUCAGAAAGCUCAAACUCCACCAUCCUGCUGUCUACAGGAGAGCUAGAGAAGCUGAUAGAGGAGGCCAACCAAUCUCUUGAUGAGGCUGAUGAUAGUGAUAUAGCUGUCAUUGUACUGCACAAAGAUGAUGAUAACCAGGGUCUUGGACUCACCGUUGCUGGAGGCAUAGAUCAAGAAGUCAAAGAAGUUACAGUGCAUAAAGUGAUUCCCCAUGGUCUAGCUGACCGGGAUGGGCGGAUACAGAGGGGUGACCGUCUCAUAUCGGUCAAUGGACGUGUGUUGAAGGAUGUGAGUCACAACCAAGCCCUUGGUCUGCUCAAGACGAAGAGAAAAGAUGUUGUCUUGGUGGUAGCAAGGCCACUAGAGCUGGAGGAAACAGAGGAGGAAGGAGAGACAGAGGAUGUGGAGAUGGCCAAGGGACCAGCAGGACUAGGUUUCAGUGUAGAGGGUGGGCGGGGCUCACCCAAGGGGGACCAGCCAAUCACAAUCAAGAAGAUCUUCAUAGGGGGUGUGGCCGACAGGAGUGGGCUGCUACAUGUUGGUGAUGAGAUCGUAGAGGUGAAUGGCAGAAGACUUUCAAACUUGACUCAUUUUGAGGCAUGGACCUUCUUGAAAGCCGUCCCUUCGGGUAUGGUGAAGCUAAAGAUCAAGAAACCAUCAAAGAAGGGAGAUGAGAAGGAUGAGGGCAAGGACGGUGUCUUGUCAGAGGAGGUUUCGGCGAGCCUAGAAUGAAGACUGUCAGGAAAGACUGUGAACAAGGUUGAAGAGUUUUCUCUGGUUGUCAGCUGCGGCAGUGUUAGUACGAGUCAACGAAGAUCAAUGAUUUCAUUGCCCUAUAUGGAUCAUACUCUAGCCCUAGAUGAACACCAUCCAAAUUUCUCUAGAAAUUGGCAAGAUCGCUGCCCUUUUAAUCUCAAUAAUGACUAAGCCUGAGUAUUCUCAGGAUAGUCGUCUUCAAUCGCAUAUGAUAUCGUCUCUCUAGGGUGUAAACAAAAGGGCAGAAUACUAGAAUUACAAAUGUGUGUGAAGCAUUUCAUGCUACUUGUAGAUCUAGUAUAUGAGGAGUGUGAUGGUGAGAUUCUCUGUGAAGAAAAAAAAAUCACAUUUGGUCAAAUGAUGAUCCAACUAAAAGAGAACAACUCAGUAUAAACGGUGCUUAUAUACGUUUAUUGUUACAUCUCAUGGGUCUUGAAUAGGCUGAGUAAGGGUGAAGUGUUGCGGGCACAAGUGAUGUGGUUGUGUAGAUGAUUGUUCUUAAUAGCUAGGAGCAGGAUUACAAGCCAGGAUCAGAGUCAAACAAAAUAGAACAAAAAUCCUAGAGAUUAGGAAGAUUUUCUCUUUUUUUUUUAUCCCCUUUCAGUUGGUAUCUAAUGAAAAACAAAUUAUUUCUGGCUUAUAUUUGCACAGAAAUAAGAUGAGGGUGUUCUUGAAAAAACACACAUGGCAAAUGAAGGCUUAUGUAUGUAAUGGAGAUAUGGUCUUUAUGGAAUUAAUUAUGUCUGCAUUAAUAAUUCAAGUGAAUUUGGACCAAUUUGGGCUAAGAACAAUUUGUGAUACAUUCUUCCAUUUUAUUGGACCAUCUAAAAGAUACGAAUUGAAGUGAUGAUUUCGGUAAUUAAGAACAGAAAUGUGCCCGUCAGAGAUGGGAUCCUAUCAUGUGCUAAUCCUGUUCAUAUGUCUCCUGGCCUGCACAGAAGAAAUCAUGUUCCAUGUUCUGUUAUGGAAGAAGUUAUGAUGUAUACAAACCAUGCAUCUAAAAUUAUGUGUGCAUUGUAUAUAGCCGCAACAGCUCUUUAUGCACUUCCCUUCCUUGUACCAGGGAGGUGGCCUCCCUGGUUGUACUAAGCAGUGAACAAAUCCACUUCAGAGUUUUAUAUGACUGGUAAUAUGAAACUGAUAUAUCAAAGGCAACAGUUUAAUCACCACAUGACCACAAGCCAAUAUGUAUUGUUUACAUACAGGCAACAAAGCUGUACAUUUUGCCAAGAAUUUACUAAUAGGAAAUUACAAGUAGGAAAUUACAUUUGACAGCUGUUGAUGGUUUAGUAUGUGGCAUAUAAGGGUAAAAGAAGUACUGAACUGGAAAAUGAAAUCAAUUCCAUACUUGAAUGGACAUUAUUAUUGGCACAAAUCUGUAACAGUGGACAUAUGGUAUUCAUCCUUCAAGAAUCCUCUUGUUUUUAUUUUACUUUAUUUUCACCAUGAUUUAGAAAACCCUAAUUACAUGGGAGUGUUGUUAGCAAUGUGAAUUAUUCUCACACAUUUAAAUUAUAAGCAGCAAUACAGUAUGACCCAGUAAGAAAGGAAAUGAGAUUGAGUAAGAGAAUCACGGCGAUCUACUGGAGUAUGGGACUGCUUCCAAGCGGUAUCAUGGAUGGCUGCACAAGCGAGGGCGGUAAUUAAUAGGAGGGUGCCAUAACGAGAUGCACAGGUUGAAACCAUUAGACCAAAUCUGCCAGUCUUUGUGUGGGUGGAAAUUGUGACAGAAAGGACAAAACAGUGAUUACCAUGGUUGAGGAGAUGUCUAAAACCGGUAAUCAUGAUUCACUACAUAUGUUAAUUGGAUAAAAGUAUCAGUUUACUUUUUCACAAGUUCAUUUCUACCUUUGUAUCUCCUACAUACCUGUUUACAUACCUGACAAUUAUUAACUCCCCAUUACAAGAGUGCCAAAAUGUAGGAAUGCAUUGAAAAUAAAGACAUUGAUUACGAUGGAUAUUACAGUUAUAAUUCUCAUAUACAAAUGAUUUCAAAUUAACUGUGCUUCAGUGAGAAAUGGCAUGUAUAUGUGCAAGUCUAGGUGAAGAAUUGUGGCGCGAUCAGUAACAUGUACUACAUCUACAUGACCCUCCACCGAAUGGAAAAUCACUUGGAUCAAACUGUUGAUUAAUUUCUUUCAUCGGUUCAAUGUUUACUCUGUCUAUUUGUCAUUUAAGUUUUGUAUGUUGGCAUCAAAGGUGUUUUUUUAAUUUAGUAUUUCUGUUGAGUGAGCCCUGCUGUUGAUGUUUUAAUGACCCAGCCUGACAAACGCAUGUAGAUUGUUUACCUUGAAUGGUGCAAAUGUAAUUGAUUGUUUAAUCUGGAUAUACUCCAACUAUUGGAGAUAGCUGUAUGUGUAUAUUAGAUUCAUUUGGUAUUUUGUAUAGAUUGGCUUUCAUGUAGCAUUGUAUAGUGUACAGUGUAUAGAUAAACUAUAUAUAGUAAUAUAUAUGGAGUGAGAAUAUGUAUAAAAUGGUAUAAUGUCCUGAAUAAAAACAAGCAACUUUUGUAUUGCUAGUUUCGCAUGUGGCUUCCUAUUAAAAAUAUGGUACUUGAAAUUUUCUUUCAAGUUUGCCUUUAAUCUUUAGUGCAUGCAGUUUUCAGUCCAUCGUAAAGAUACACAAAAAUUAAUUUCAUUUCAUCCGCAGCAGAUUGCUGAAAUAUGUAAUUGGAAGGAGUUUUUACUCAUCCUGAACUUGAAUGGGCACAAGUCUUUCCCUUGCCGGGGACCAAUAAUAUUAUUUGAUUGACAUUUCAUUCCAAUCUUGAUCCUAUGAUCAUGUGCAAAAGAGUAUGUGGACAUGUAUGUAGCUGCUUUGUUUUCUUCUAAAAGAGGUUUUGUAGGGUUUAUUUUUUAGUGAGAUAGUAAGAGGUAGCAAGAUAAUGCUACAUAUCUUUAUUAAGAAAAAGUGCAAUAUAUGAAUUGUUUGAUAUUGAUGUUUUCUGUGUGCUGCCAUGUAUUAUUCAGAUUCCUCAAAGAAGUAUUAUAUUAAAUGCAUUAUUUUUCCCCCUACCAAUGUGAUCAUAUUGCCCCAAGAAACAAGAUAAUUGUUGGAUUUGUUCAUUUAUUUAUUGAUUGAUUUGAUUAUGAAAUGUUAGGAAUUUCAUUUAAAUUUAGAUUAUUACUAUAUGUGCAAGCUGUGUAAUUGUAUGAUUGAAUUAAUUUGAUUAUAAUUAAAUGUUACAAAUCAUAGUAAUCUUGCCAUAUGCGAUAGUAUCCAGACAACUACACAAAUAUUAUGACAACUUUUUGUGCAUAAACACGGUAAUCAAAUUAUGUGUAGUAUUUUGCUUGUUUUUACAUAAUAUAAAAUGACAUUGGAAGUAAUAGAUGACUGCCUUAGCAGUCAAAUAAUGAAUCAUCCUGUAUCCAGUUAUUAUCACCAACUCACAAUUGUAUCAAUUCUGUAAUUUAUGGGUAUUUACAAACUUUUUUGUCAGCGUGGUUGUGUACCCCCUCCCCCUACAUUUACAUGUGCAUGUCUAAGCUCUUAUGUGAUGCACACACUUCAUACAUGUUAUUUUCUAGUGCUAUAGAGUUGUUACAUCAUUUACAUGUAACAAAAUUGAAAUAUUGAACAACUCAUAAGCCAGAAGUACAUGUGUGUGGUUGGUAAUAUGACUCACAUUGCAAUGAAAUUAGAUAUACAAUUUCAUGAUUGAAUCAUAUUCUAAUUGGCUAUGUAUCAACCCCUUACAACUGUAUAAGUUGAUCAUAACAUUUUGAUCAGUAUGGAUCAUUCAUUUUGUUCUGUCCUUACAUUAUUCUUUAAUACUGUGUCAAGUAUAUUGAAUUUAUUUAGGCUGUCUUCCAUGUGCACUGGCGACAUAUGGGCGAUUUUCAUGGUCAAGUGUGUUCAUGCUUUGUAUUACUUUGAUCAACUCAACCAACUUCACAUGACGAACUACAACAACCAAAAAUUCUGUAAGAUAUUUCACUUUUUGUACAGUUCAAAUACUAUGACGAAGACUUUGAGACAAUAAAACAUAUUUAUCCAAAUGA